CACCUUAUUUACAGGUCAUCUCACACCUCUGACUGGUACCAGCACUUUUCCACAAUCCACAGCAUCCUUAAGCUCCACUGUAUCAGGAACAAUCACAACCUCAAUGAGGACAGAUACUGAGAGAAGCACAGCAAUAUUGCUACCCUCAACAACCUCCCAGAUCUUUACAACCUCCACUCCCAGCACAUCCACAGGCAUCCACUCAACAGCUGUUUCAGUCCCUAUCAAGCCCGAGAAAGGUGUUUCCCUCUUCCCCUACGGGUCACAUGUUGGAGACUGGGAGUUUGUCAAGAGGGAUGUGGACUUCACCUCACCGCUCUUCAAGCCCCAAAUUGGCUUCCCUUUCGGCUCCUCUCUCCGAGAUUUCCUCUACUUCACAGAUAAUGGCCAGAUCAUUUUUCCGGAGUCAAAGUACCAGAUUUUCUCCUAUCCUAACCCUCCUCUUAGAGGCUUCACAGGCUGGGACCGUGUGGCCCUGGUGGCUCCAUUCUGGGAUGAUGCUGAUUUCUCCAGUCACCGGGGAACCAUAUUUUACCAGGUAUAUGAGACACUCGAUGAUGACUACAAACCACCUGUAGUCCAGCAGGUGGAGUCUUGGAUUGAGAAGUUCACAAACACCUGGAACUACAAAGCCAGGUGGACCCUGAAGGUCACAUGGGUCAGUGCCCCCGCCUAUCCUGCCCAGUGGACCCGUGGGACCAACACCUACCAGGCCAUCCUCUCCACGGACGGGAGCAGAUCCUUCGCCCUGUUUCUCUAUCAAAGUGGUGGGAUGCAGUGGGACGUGACUCAGCGCCCAGGCAACUGUGUCCUCAUGGGCUUCUCCAGUGGAGAUGGAUAUUAUGAAAACAGCCCUCUGACAUUCCAGCCAGUGUGGAAGAAGUAUCGUCCAGACCAAUUCCUGAAUUCCAACUCAGCGUUCCAGAAUCUACAUAGGGAAAAAUACAGACAAUCCGCUCCCCCACCCAAGGCAGACAUCCGACAAGAAAAUUUGGGCGUCAGGGGUCUGCAGGUCUAUAAGCUACACAGGGAAGAAAGACCCAACUACCGCCUCAGGUGCCUGCAGUGGUUGAGGAGACAGCCUCAGUGGCCUGGCUGGGGCUGGAACCAGACCUCCUGCCCUUGCUCCUGGCAGCAGGGACAAUGGGACUUUCGAUUCCAGCCCAUUCGCACAGGCUGGAGGGACCUCAGCAGCAGGCAUCUGUGCAGCUUCUCCUCCCGGCGUGGGGGCGUGUGCUGCAGCUACGGGCCAUGGGGAGAGCUUCUCGAAGGCUGGAGAGUGCAGAGUCCUUGGCAGUUUGACCAAGAACUGGAACCACAGCAUUGGUGCUGCCGUUGGAAUGACCAGCCCUCCUUGUGUGCCCUGUACCAGCAAAGGCGGCCCCGCAUUGGCUGUACUUGGUACCAGCCCCCAAGACCUGCCUGGAUGUUUGGGGAUCCUCACAUCAACACCUUGGAUGGUGUCAAUUACACCUUCAAUGGGCUGGGGGACUUCCUGCUGAUCCAGGCCAAGGAUGGAAACUCCUCCUUUCUGCUGCAGGGCCGCACUAACCAGACCGGCUCAGCUCAGGCCACCAACUUCAUUGCUUUUGCCGCUCAAUACAACACCAGUAGCCUUUCCCCCAUCACUAUUCAAUGGUUCCUUGAGCCCAAUGACACAAUCCGUGUGCUGCUCAAUAGCCAGCCGGUGGCAUUUGAGACUAACCGUGAAGGUGCAGAAGGCCAGGAGAUAUUCAACUCCUCUGGAGUCAUAUUGAUCCGCAAUGGUUCCCUGGUGUCGGCCAGCUUAGAUGGGACAGUGACCGUCUCAGUGCUUGCUCUCUCCAAUAUCCUCCAUGCCUCCUGCAGCCUCCCAGAAGAGUACCGAAACCGCACAGAGGGCCUCCUGGGGGUCUGGAAUGACAAUCCAGAUGAUGACUUCAAGAUGCCCGAUGGCACCACCGUUGCCCAAGAGAGCUCUGAAGAGACUAUUUUUCACUAUGGAAUGACCUGGAAAAUCAACGGAACAAGCCUCCUUGGCGAGAGGGACGACCAUCUGCCUUCCAACUUCAUCCCUGUCUUCUUUUCCCAACUUAUAACAAACAACGGGAGUAAAAAUUUGACCUCUGAGUGUAAUGAAGAAAAACAAUGCAUCUAUGAUGCCCUGGCCACAGGAAACACAAGGACUGGACUGCACACUAACAUGGUCUUUAGAACAUACCAGCAGAUGAACACCACCCUCCAUCAGUUCCCGCCCUCUAUAGAUGGUCUUCGUGUAGUGGAAGCCUAUGUGAGGCAGACCAAACUAAUUCAGUACAGCAGCAACUCUGAGGACACCACAUUCACUCUCAGAAACAACUAUACUGACGUCAAGCUUUUUGAGAACGGGACUUUGCUAUGGACACCAAAGUCUCUGGAACCACUCACUCUGGAGAUUCUAGCAAGAAAUGUCAAGGACAACUUAUCAUCUGUACUCCAGCUGAAGACCGUGGUCUGUGCUUGCAAGGGAGAGAAAGAGUGUUUAUACAAUGAUACCAGCCGGGUGGGCAAUUCCUCCCUGGAGGUGGCCAACUGCAAGUGUGAUAGGAACGCCUACGGCCGCUACUGUGAAAACCUCAAGGACCCCUGUGAGGAGCAGUGCUUCCCGAAUGUGAAGUGCAUCCCUGGGCAGGGCUGUGAGGCCUGUCCCCCCAACCUGACUGGGGAUGGGCGUCACUGUGCACUUCUGAAGGACUCUGAACUCUGUCAGAACAAGUCUUGUCCUGUGAAUUACUGUUACAACCAAGGCCACUGCUCCAUCUCCGAAACUCUGGGCUGCCAGGCCGCCUGCACCUGCCCCCCAGCCUUCACAGACACCCGCUGCUUCCUAGCUGGGAACAAUUUCACUCCAACUGUCAGUUCAGAGCUUCCCUUAAGAGUCAUCCAGCUCUUGCUCAGUGAAGAAGAAAAUGCCUCCAUAGCAGAGGUCAACGCCUCGGUGGCCUACAGACUGGAAAACCUGGACGUUCGGGCCUUUCUCUGGAACAGCAGAGUGGAAAAAAUUGGUACCACGGAGGCACUGGCCUCAGGAAACUCCCUUCAACACUGGUAUGUCAUCUCGGAGUUCCAGUACCGCCCGCGGGGUCCUGUCAUCGACUUCCUGAACAACCGGCUGCUGGAUGCGGUGGUGGAGGCAUUCUUUCUGCAGGCCUCGUGGGGGAGAUGGAAAAUAAGUAAGGUGCCCAGGAACAACGUGGUCUUCCACGCCAUCACCAGGAGAGAGGUGCACAGUUUGGAAGCUUUGAACGUGAGCACACUGGAGAGUUACUUCAAAUGCAAGGGCUACAAGGGCUACCACCUAGUCUACAGCCCGCAAAACGGCUUCACUUGCGUGUCCCCAUGCAGUGAGGGCUACUGUGAGCAUGGAGGCGAGUGCCAGCACCUGCCAGAUGGGCCCCAAUGCAGCUGUGUGUCCUUCUCCAUCUACAUGCCCUGGGGCAAGCGCUGUGAGCACCUGAGCAUGAAACUUGGUGCCUUCUUCGGGAUCCUCUUCGGGGCCCUAGGUGCCCUCUUGCUGCUGGGGGUCAUAGUGUUUGUAGUCCAUCGUUUCUGGGGCUCCGAGACAAAGUACUCCUACUCCCUGGACUCAGAAAGCUGAGGCCUUGCCCCAAGGGGGCAGCCAUGGCCUAAGAUACCUCAAGACCCGCCCCCCCCCCAGCCUCACCCGCACACUUCCAGGUGCCUUUGCUUUGGGGAGAUUGGAAAAAGGAAGGUGACUGAAAGCGAUUCAGGAUUCUUCAAUGAAAUGAAUAAUAAUAAAGACUAACACACCUUAUCAGUAAACACAGAGGCAGACAGGAAGAGGUCAUAAAAGACCUACUACAUAAAAGAAUGGAUUCUUACAGACAUAACCACAAGGAGGACAUGACCUACACACAUGCACACACAAACACCAGAGUUAAUAAUGGGGGGAUGGCUCUAAGUUAAAAACCAAAAUGCAUUUGCACAUAAAACU